AUGCCGUUCAAAUCGCGUUGGCAUCUCGAUAUUCCAGAUACCCAUCUGGCCUCGCUCCUGUUCACCUCCCCUUCUCAUCCUCUCUCGAAGACGCAUCGAUGUUUCUCAGAAGCAGCCCGCUCGGAGACGCACUACUUCACGACGCACGACUACCGGCUCUGGAGCCAACGGUUUGCUGCUGGGUUACGCAAAUCGGGCCUUCAGACCGGAGACCGGGUCGUCCUAUUCUCCGGCAAUGAUCUGUUCUUCCCCGUCGUCUUCAUGGGCAUCAUCAUGGCCGGGGGAAUCUUCUCCGGGGCCAAUCCCACGUACGUGGCGAGAGAACUGGCCUACCAGCUGCAGGAUAGCGGUGCGACUUACCUGAUUUGUGCCGAGGGGAGUCUCGACACGGGGAUAGAAGCGGCCCGACUGGCAGGCAUGUCUCGAGACCGGGUCUUUGUGUUCGACAAUGCGGUGUUUGACGGCCAGGGCAAAGGUCAGCAGGGCUGUCGGUAUUGGGGGGAAUUGAUAGCGUCGGUCGACGAGGGAAGCAAAUUUGCCUGGGACGAUCUAUCGACCCCCGAAGCGGCCGGCCGCACGUUGGCGCUGAAUUAUUCGAGUGGAACCACGGGGAGGCCCAAAGGUGUAGAAAUCACCCACAGAAACUAUGUUGCCAACAUGCUGCAGUACAAUUAUUUGUUCUACCUGGAUCCGGAGUGGAGGAUCAAACAAGAGCGGGCACGGUGGCUCUGUUUCCUACCGAUGUAUCAUGCAAUGGCGCAGAAUAUCUUCAUCGCGGCGGCACUGAGCCGUGGGGUACCGGUUUAUAUUAUGCCCCGGUUUGAUUUCGUCAAGAUGCUCGAGUACACGGAGAAAUUCCGGAUCUCGGAUCUCAUCUUGGUGCCACCGGUGGUAGUCGCUAUUGCCAAACACCCCUUAGUGAAGAGUGGCAAAUAUGAUCUCAGCAGCGUCGAAAAGGUCUCGAGUGGCGCAGCCCCCCUAGGCAGGGAAGUUUGCGAAGAGGUCGAAGCCCUCUGGGAACCCGGACGCAUCAAUAUCAAACAGGGAUGGGGGAUGACAGAAACGACCUGCUCGCUGCUCGGCUGGCACCCGAUGGAGCAGAGCCAUACGGCUUCAGUUGGUGAGCUGAACGCCAAUUGUGAGGCAAAGAUCAUGGCCGACGACGGAGUCACCGAACUAGGACGAAACCAACGUGGGGAGCUUUGGGUCCGAGGGCAAAAUGUCAUGAAAGGUUACUGGCGCAACCCAGAGGCAACCCGGGAGACGAAAACGCCGGACGGUUGGCUGAAAACAGGGGAUAUCGCCUUCGUGAAUGACGAAGGCAAAUUCCACGUCGUUGACCGCAAGAAGGAGUUGAUUAAAGUGAAAGGCAAUCAAGUUGCGCCGGCCGAGCUCGAGGCUCUCUUGUUGGAACAUCCUGCAGUUGCCGACGCUGCAGUCAUUGGCGUGCCAGUAAAUGGCGAUGAGCGUCCUCGGGCGUAUAUAGCAUUGAAGCCAGAACAAAGCGCCACCGAAGCCGAUAUCGUGGAGUUUAUGAGCGGGAAGGUGUCUGUGAUCAAGCGAAUUACCGGCGGAGUGGUCUUUGUGGACGCCAUUCCCAAGAAUCCAUCCGGCAAGAUCCUACGAAAACAGCUUCGAGAGCGAGCGAAGGAGGAGAUGGAGAAGAACAGGAUUACCGCUAGGCUAUAA